AUGUCUCAAGCAUCUACCAAGGUUCAGCAGCUUAUCGACAACAACUCUGUUGUUGUCUUCUCCAAGUCUUACUGCCCCUACUGCAAGCAGACCAAGAAGACUCUGGAUGAUUUGAACACCGAGUACGAGCUCCUUGAGCUCGACGAAGUUUCCGAUGGCUCUGCUCUCCAGGACGCUCUCGAGAAGAUCUCUGGCCAGCGUACCGUCCCCAACGUCUACAUCCAGCAGCAGCACAUUGGUGGUAACUCGGACCUCCAGAGCCUAAACUCUGGCGGAAAGCUCAAGAACCUUCUCAAGGAGGCCAAUGCCUUGAAGGCGUAA